AUGGCAGACGACCACCGCCUGGGCAGUGUUCAGGAGUCUGGCUUCUUCAAGUCCAGUCGGCAUGCCCCUUCUGAUGCUGGGAGCAGGGCGUCUGGUUCGCGGGUGCCCUCCUCCGAACAGGGUCGAGGUGAAAAGGCGGGGGGCCGUGCCUCCCAAGAGCACAUUGCGCAAAUGUCCAGCUUUUUCUCUUCGUCAAAGGCUUCUUCUGUAGCCAGCAGCCAUGACCAUGAUGCUGCCCCCACCACCUCCCAACGGAGGGCUUCAGAUGGCAAAAUGAGGUUAUCAGCUGAGCGCGCAGCACAGUAUGAUGACAAUGACGAUUUCAUGGAUGCUUCGGCCCGCGCUGAGUCCAUGCAGAGGGUGCGGCCAUCGAUGGACGUGGCGGGAGGACCGUAUGGGGCCUGGGCUGGCUCCUCAGGAGCACCAGAGAGGAUGUCCCUUAAUAUUGGCAUCCGCGCAAGCACGGCCGAUCCUCGGAAGAUUUCUGACAGCUCGAGCGAGAUGGGCCAGGCAAGGACCAGUGCGGAUGGGUUCCCUGUUGGGAUCCCUCCUCCACCACCACCCCGUACCGCGCCCCCACCAGAGAGCCUUCGGGACGCCUGGGCCGAUGCAGAGCCGCCUGCUCAAGAAGCUAGCGUAGGGCCCCCGCUGCUGAACGGUCAGUCUAACAGGUUGGCCUCGAUGAAACACUCCAGCGGGGGACCUGGGGCUGGUCGACAGAUGGACACAAGCAGCUACUUGCCACCAGAUAUGGUACAGUCCAUGAAUCAGCUGGAGCUGAGUGCUGGGGGUCCGCCAGUGGGUGGAGAUGCUGGAGGGGGGCGGAGCCGCACUGAUGUGCGGAGCAGUUUUGCUGCAGAGAGAAAGAGCGUUGAAUACCAGCAUGAGUUUUCCAGCUUGGAUAUAUUCCAGAAUGCUGUGGAGGAUGGUUCAGUUUCUCGCCUGAACAGCGAUUCAUUCUCUGGGGAGCUGCGGCGAAGAUAUCACCAGCUGGCAGUUCUCCCUGCCGAUGUUCCAGUGCCCAUCAGCCUCCUGGCUCGCCUGUGGGGCACACCAGACCUCCAUGACGCAGAGGCAGCUGCAAGCCUCAUGGAAGCCAGAAAGAUCCUGAAGAUGGCCAUUCUUGAGGACGACAGUGCUUGGUGCAUAAUCAGCCCCUUCCAUCUGGGUAGGCUACAAGACAUGUUCAAGGACAGCCUGAAGGCGCAGCACUCACGGCUGGUCAACCUGUACCGACAGGGCUUCCACAACCUUGCGCUGGUGCCUGACGACCAGUACUUCAUGCAGAAUAUCGCCAACCACCUUGUGGAGGCUGACCGCAUGGAAGAGAUGGCGGGACUUUUGAGGGACCCGAUCUGGCUGGAGACGAAACUGCGCAGUUACGGCACGGGUGCAGUUGUGUCUGACUUCAGGAGGUAUCUCACUGUCAAGGAAGAUGCAGACAUUAAGCUCCUCCUUCGAGCAUUCCAAAUGUCUGCAGCUGCCAGCUUGGACCACCCCAACCUGUACAUACUGAAGGAACAGAUGCUGUCGCGCCUCAUGGUCUCAGCACAGCACACCAACCUGGGAGAGUGGUAUGAAACGGCACGGGCGGAGUGCUGGAUGGCUGUGCCUCACCGGAGGGCAAGGAACAUGCCUGUGCACAUGCUGCCAAGGAGACCCACUCUGGAGCAGGCUGGUGGCCUUCAGCGCCUUAUCUUGAGGGGUCACACCGAGGCUGUGAAGAAGGUUGUGCUGGCGCCCAACGGAAUGGAGGUCAUAACGGGGUCGUCUGAUGCAGCAAUCCGGGUCUGGGACAUGGAGAUCGGGGACUGUGUUUUGCUGCUGGAGGAGCACCAGGGGCCCAUAACCAGCAUAUCGAUUUCUGCUGAUGGCCAAACACUUGCAUCAGGCUCUGAGGACACCAUGGCGAUAGUGUGGGACUUGUCAUCAGGCAUCUGGAGGCAUAAACUGCGUGGGCACAAAAAGAGGAUCCACGCAGUGGCGAUCGACCCCCAGGGUCGCAGACUUGUCACCUCCUCGCAGGACAUGACCACCCGCAUAUGGAGCAUGAGCAAGGGCAACUGUCUGCACGUUCUUUCAGGCAUGGGUGGGGGUGUGGCCCCAACAUGGGAGGAGUGGGGGGCUCAUGACGGUGUGGCGAUCUCCCCGGACAGCCGCCUCCUGGCCUCAGUGGAUGCGGAGUACUGUGUGCGAGUGUGGAAGAUGGAGACAGGGGAGGCAGUGGACACCCUUGAGGGCCACACUGACUGGAUCAAGGCACUGGCAUUUGCGGGUGACAGUGGCACCCUGUUGACUGCCUCGCAUGACAAGACGAUCCGCUUGUGGGACCUGUGGACGGGUGUAUGCAAUAAGGUGUUCACUGGGCACAGGGGCCAGAUCAAUAAUCUGGUUGUAACUCCUGAUGGCAAGCGUGCGGUGUCGGUGUCAGACGAUAACACUGCCAUCGUGUGGGACAUUGAGAACCAGAAGAUGCUGUCCGAGUUGUGUGGCCAUGGGGCAUGGAUUAACGAUGCAGCCAUCACGCACAACGGGCAAAGGGUUGUCACUGCUUCUGGUGAUGACCUUGCUGUCUACUGGGAUGCGAACACCGGUGAGGCCCUGCGUGUUUGCAAGGGCCACAGUGGGGAAGUGAACAGCGUUGAGCUGUCGUACAAGGGGCGGUUUGCCAUCACAGCAUCUGAAGAUGGCACUGCUCGCGUGUGGGAUCUCCAAGCCCCAGCUGUGCAGCUCCCAGAGCACCACCAUGGCAAGGUCAUUGGCAUCGUCAUGUCACCAGAUGGUGUCCGUGCAGUCACUAUUGGCGAGGACAGCGUUGCCUUGGUGUGGGAUGUCAAAUCUGGCCAGUGCCUUCAUGUGCUCAGGGGCCACAGCACCGGCCUGCACUGGGCAUAUUUGGUCAGAAACGGAGAGCUUCUGGCGACGGGCUCAGGUGAGCACCACUAG